AUGCAGGGGACGCAAGUGCGGUCGGAGGUGGGCUGGCACCUGAAGGGGAAGCACGUGAUGACUCUGCCUCUCGCGCGCGACUCGCUCACGCUGGUGCUGAACCUCUUGGAGGAACUGCUCCGAAACACAUUCUGCCGCGGCUCUGAAGCCCAUGCCACCACGACGGGGACCGCCUCUCAAAAGACGAAGCAUAAGCUCGACCCGGAGACGGUCCAACAAAGAUGGCAGGCCCUCUUCCCGUACUACCCCGAGCUGGCCUGUCUGGACAGACGCGUGGAACAAUGGGGCCACCUAAUCGAGGAGCUUGUCGCAGCUGUCCGCACUGUUCUGUGGGAGGGCGGCCUUGCGGGUCCGGAGGAGGAGGUGGAGAAGGUCGCCCUGUACUGCGCCCGCGCCUCGCUGGCCGUUGCCACCAGGAUUGGCAGCGUCGCGACCUCGGAAAUACACAACACUCAACCGAAAGCCAGAUCGGUCCCGCCGAGGGCGAUCAGGAAGGCCAUCCUCGACGACCCGUCGCUGGGUUCUGUCUUCAAGGACUCUCAUUUCCUCUGGGUCGAACCGCAGAGCCUGGCCGCUCAAUGCGCGACCGUCGUGGUGGAACACGAGGUGCCCUACCACGACCUGAAUUUGCCCGACGAGGUGGUCGAGGCUAUCGAGAAGAAAGAUAAGGCGGCGACAAUGCGCCGCCUGCUGGGCCGGAUCGACGCGAUUCUGGCCUCCUCGAUGAAGACCCCGCUCAAGCUCGAUCCCGUGACGGACAAGGAGAUCUGGGCGGUCGAGAAGAAGUUUCAGAUUGAUUUCCCGCCCGAGGUGAGGGCGUUUUUGAAGUGGAAUGACGGAGUGCCGAGGGACGCGCCCGGCAUGAGCAAGUUUGUCAAGUGCGCAAGCCUCGCGGAGAUCUACGAAGCGUUCUUCUACAAAUUCGGCUUCGCUCGCCUGAUGCGCUGGUAA